CCAAUUAAGAAAUCGUUUAUUAAAUAUAUUAUUGAUAAAACUUUAAAUAUUUGUUAAGUCAUGUUAGCGCUAAAUUUGUUGAAACUCUACGCUUUGCUACUUGUUUUGAUAGUAGGCUUGCAGCAAAAUACUGCCCAGCGCACGGUUUGUGGUCCAGCAUUGGAUGCGGUGCUUAGCACUCUUUGCGUGCACGGCUUUAACACGAAAUUCAAGAGGUCAAUGGAUUUGGAUGAACAUAACGGCAAUGAGCUGGUAGAAGAACUGCCCUUCCCCUAUGCAAAUACGCCAUUCUUAGGCAAGAUACGCGGUGGCUAUGUUGAUACGUUGGCCAAAACACGUCGUCGUCGUGACGGUGUCUAUGAUGAAUGUUGCAACAAGGGAUGCACCUAUAACGAAAUCCUAUCGUACUGCAAUCGAUAUGAAGAUUUGAUUCGCGGGCUUUAG